AUGUUGGACGCGGAACCCAUCGAACCGCAGUCACUAGAGGAUCGAGAGCGGCUGGAGUGGCAGACAAUGCUCGCGUCGGUCCUAGCAGGCGACGUACUCAAAGCGGAGAACACGCGCAUCGCCGUUGCGCUCAACUCCUCUUCCGAAGAAGAGAACAAUCCCCGCUCUGGUAUCUGGCUCGGCAUUCGCGCGCGUCUCCAUGGCCGCACGGUCGAAGAGGAGCGCAGGAAGCUCGAGGAGAGGCGGCUGAGGACGGUCAAGCCCGUGAUCGAGGAGGUUCUGAACUUCCGCGUCCAGGACCCGCCCGCCGGUUCGACAGAAGGCCGCGAAACGUACGCGCUUCAGCAGGUCAAUGCCGUGCUCCGCCGGCUCGAGAUCGCACACUCCCUAUAUCCCAGUCUACGCGCCUUCUACAUAGACUGUCACAGCGCGGUUGACGUCGAGUUCCAGUCGCGAUGCGAUACCCUGAAUACUUGGUCCACAGUCCUUACAUCCCUGAGACAGCUCCUCGGGACAUUGCGGAAAUGGACCGGGAGUGAAACUAUGGACGUCUCUCAGCCCUCGUCACAUCCCCCAACGCCUUCGUUGCGUUAUAGCGAGAACGCGAACGGCGGCGGCACGACCUUUGUCGAGAGGUUCCUGAAGGAGGAGAGCAUCCAGAGGCAGUUCGAGAAGGGCUCUAUGACCACCAUUCACGCUCUUGUCGGCACAACUCGCGAUGCGCACGUUAACCUGGCGCCCAUGUUCAAGAAGAUGAAUCUGCCGUCCUUCGAGCAAGAACUGGUGCCGCUUGUCUCUUUCUUGACGAACCUCGCGCAAGCCGUGCUACGCGUCCGGCUCGCGUACGCGCAGAAGCUGAAGAACCCCGACGUCCUCAUCAUCGACCAGAUGACAGAUGACCUCAAAGUCAAGAUUGGCUUUGCCUGUACGCUGAAGAGGCAAUAUGAAGCCUUCCUUGUGCCCGAUCCAGGGGGCAACUGGAGGCUCCCUCCCUGUAUCAGUGCCGAUUACGACUCUACCAUCCUAGAAUCCUUGACCUUUUUCUUCAAACUCAUCCACUGGAAGUUGAAGAGCGGGACGAAGGGAAUUCACUUCAAGGAGACCGACGUCAUUGAGGCACAGUGGGCAACCUUCAACGACGUCAGUCUGACCAUCCCUGGAGGCGCUACGCUGGUCGCCGAGCAACUAUGCGCUCUGACAAACAAGCUCAUUGUCCGUGUCACGAACUACUUCGACACAUCUAUCCGCGUUCCCGGUAUGGCCGACGGUUCCCUAUCAGAGAUGCUCAGCGAUCGCGUCCGCAAAGUUCUCCGUUCUAGUGGGCUUAACGGUACUCCUACAGGUCAGCAAACGCUCCCGACCGGGUUGCAGCCGCCAAGUGCGAAUGUUCCCAAGGACCGGCUGGUCACCUGGUACGGCAAAAUUCUCGACGGCGUGAAGCAACGCUCGCGGAAAUUGCUGCGCCUGGGACGUGUCCUGUCACGUCGUUUCUGCGAUUCGGCAGAAUACGAUCUCGAGGAUGCCAGCAUUGACGUGUUCAUCGCAACGUUGGUGGAGUCAGACCACUUUCUCGUGUACACUCAGACUUUCGAGGAAGAGGGCACGUACAUCGUGGGACACCCUUCUCUCCGAGACCGUCCGGACACUAUCCGACGACUCCUCCUUGACGCGUUCCAUGUUCAUGAAAUUGACGAGAGCAGCUGGCUGAUGGACAUGGGUGAGGCGGAGCCGGAGGAGGUGGAGGAGGAUGCUUCUUACUUGCUCGUGCUGUCUCCACGAACACGAUUUCUCUGGAACGGUUUCGUGCUGAUGCUGCAGUUACCCAAGAUUGAUCUGCAUCUAGAGGACAACCGCAUCCGUCUCAUCGCUGAUGGCUCCCAGCACCGACUAGUGGCUGCCAAACGCCAGUUCUCCGAAUUCUUCCAAUCCGUAGAAGACGAGGAGACGGGAGAGCCGAUAGAACCCGCUAUGCCGAUGCCCAACUGCCUGAUCGAACAGCAAGCACAUCUACCCUCGGUCAAUCGCGAGCUGCGUAAGAUAGGGCGCGCGACCAAUCGCCUAGCGGAGUCUAUCGUGGAAUCGGUGCACUAUGUUCGUCAGACGUUGCGAGACACUACCAACUACCAGGAGCUCCUCGAGAACUGGUACGUGUUCGCCUCCGACUAUGGCGCUCACGUGGAGAAGUACAUGGACCAGGCAAUGCUCCUCAAGUACAACCAGUCACUCAUCAAGCUCGCGAUCUCAUGGGUGUCGUUCAUCUGCGACGAUUGCGACCCGAAUGAUCGCAAGACCUUCCGAUGGGCUGUCACCGCGCUAGAAUUCCCCCUGCAUCGGACACGGCGAAACAACAUCCUCCAUCUGCCAGACGACCAGUUCGAAAUGCUGCGCCAGAAGGUCGCAACCUGCAUGACUCUGCUCAUCUCCCACUUCGACAUUCUAGGCGCGCGCUCGGCGUUGGACGCGAAGCGGGAGAAGGAGCGGCAGGAGGAGCUAUUGCGGCUGCGGACGUCCAACCGGCGGUCGGACGAGGACGAGGAGGAAGCUGCAUUCCAAGCGUCUCCGGAAAACCAGGACUCCGUCUACGCGUAUAUAGACCCUGCGCUGCGGGCGUUCUGGCAGAAGACCUCCGACUUCGCUCGGGAACUCGACGAGCAACGCGCACAAAUGGGAACCGAGCACCAUAUCAUCGGUCGUGUACUGGACGAGCGCGUCCUGGUAGAUCGCUCCGUUGUGUUCCUUGCUGGGUCGAGUUCCAACGUGUCCAUCCGAUGGCAGCAAAGCAGAUUCAUUGGCGCAGGGUCGUUCGGGUCGGUGUAUUUGGCGAUCAACCUCGACUCCAACACGCUGAUGGCCGUGAAGGAGAUCAAGUUCCAGGAGACUGCGGGCCUCACGAGCCUGUACUCGCACAUCCGCGACGAGCUUGCGGUCAUGGAAAUGCUGCAUCAUCCAAACGUAGUCGAGUACUACGGCAUCGAAGUUCACCGAGACAAGGUAUACAUCUUCGAAGAGUACUGCAAGGGAGGAAGCUUGGCUGCGUUGCUCGAGCACGGACGUAUCGAGGACGAAGGUAUCCUGCAAGUCUACACUUUGCAGAUGCUAGAGGGUCUUGCGUACUUGCAUUCUCAGGGCAUUGUCCACCGAGACAUCAAACCAGACAACAUCCUCCUCGACCAUAUGGGCGUCAUCAAGUAUGUCGACUUCGGCGCGGCCAAGAUCAUUGCGAAAAACCGUGGGACUCUCCGACGCACUCGUCGUUCAGAUUCCUCCGUUGCCUCACCAGGAUCAGCAGCGGCAGACCCUGACCAACUCGGUCUCAACAACUCCCUCACGGGAACACCGAUGUACAUGUCGCCUGAAGUCAUCAGGAACAACAAACUGGGACGUCAUGGUGCCAUGGACAUCUGGUCGUUAGGUUGUGUCGUCCUGGAGUGCGCGACUGGCCGGAAGCCCUGGAGCAAUCUCGAUAACGAAUGGGCGAUAAUGUUCCAUAUCGGUGUCGCAACUCAGCAUCCACCCCUGCCCGAGCCCGGCCAGCUGAGCGAGAUGGGCAUCGACUUCAUCAGGCGAUGCCUUACGAUUGACCCUUUGGCCCGUCCGACCGCCAUAGAGCUCAUGGACCACCCGUGGAUGCUCGACUUCCGAGAGAAGCUUGAGGACUACGAGAAGGCGGAGAACGUCAUCGCAUCCGGCGCGUCAAUACCCGCCGAAGGCACCUACGAAGCCGCAACGGUCGCCCGCCAGGCCGCGAUCCUGCAGGAGAAGGAAACAGAGCUAAUCGCAGCCCAGUCACCUAGUCUGUCGCCCAUACAGUCACCAGAGGGCUCGUCGGUCAACUCGCUCUCCCCUGGGCUGAAUGACGCUCGCCUGGAUCUGCUGUCGAGCUUCUCGACCCCAGACAGCUCGAGUUCGAGCGCGAAUGGGAACAGCUCUGGUUCUGGUUCUGGCUCAUGA